GAUGCUAACGCUCUCGAUGUGACCAAUAACCAAAGAGAUGAACCACUUAACCUCGAAAAAUUUUACGGUACUGCGGUUCGUGUUCAGUCUCACACUUGAAUCUACUUCAUAUUCGCAGUUCGUAAGGCUUCAUUUCAUGACAUAGGUACGCGGUACGCUAUUCUCAAACACAGUCAUUAAUUGUGCACUGUUCUCGUCUCGAUUGUACCAAAAAUGAAAUUGUAACAUCGUGCAUUUUGCCAUGUUAGUUAACAUUGUUGUGAACUAAAAAAAUUGAUAUCUUGUUUGAAAAUUGAAUUUGAAAUUUGACUACUGUUGCUGUCUUGCUUCUAUUUGCAGUAGGUACGUUUUUUGGUUUAUCGCAUUUUGUUUCGAUAGUAAGAACUAUAUAUCCGUAACAAUUUGAUAUUUCAUUAUUAGUUGACACGAGUUAUGGAUCAGUCUAUUAGUGAAUUAACAAACACACUCCGGAAAUGGGAAGAAGAGUUACAAUCGCCCAACUUCAAUCCCACGCCAACAUUGAUCAAGUAAUUGAAAUCCUCAAAUUACUUAAUACUAUUUAUUUAUCUAUUGAAAAUGUUUUUUAAAUAUCUCGCUUUCUUAUUGUGUUUGGAUUUUCAAAAUUGUUUUAUUGUUAUAAACAUUUAUGAGAUACCCUACUGUUAUGCAUUGCUGGAUAGUGCUGUAUUGUCCCAUCAAAAUUUAGUGUUUACAUUUGCUUAAAAAUGUGUAAAAUUGACUUAAAUUUAAUUAAUAAUUAGUAAUGAUUUUAUGUGACCCAUUCUAUUUUUGACUGGGCCUAUCGUUAUGUAUUAAAUAUACAAUUAAAUAGUUGUACAGUGUUCUACUGUGUUCGAUACGUUUUUCUAGCGCUGUUAAUAUUGAAUUUUAUUUUAAUUUCUAUUUUCAAUCUGUUUUUCUUCAAAGAAGGGAUGCCGAUUUGGAAAAAAAUUUGAAUUUAUCACAUUCAUAUCCGAUGAAUAAUUUCUUAGUUUUAUUUGUUUUAAUUUCUAGAAAAUAUACGUGAAAACAAUUAAUAUUCAAUAAAAUAACACAUUUACAAGAAUUACUCUUUACCUUAAAUUAAAUCUUCUUUACGUCUUCAAUCGUUUGAUUGGUUUGCAGCAGUUCUCCAUGUGUCCUUAUCAUUACUCAAUUCCUUAAAUUCCUUAUAACUAUUCUUCCUCAUGUCAAUUAUAAUUUGCUUCAUGUACUCCAUCCUUGGUCUUCUUCCAAUACGGCCUUCAAUGUCACUCUAUAAAUAUUUUUAAUAGAAUAUCAUAGCUCUUCUAACUUUUAUAGUAUACCAUAGUACUCUCUUUUUCUUUACUACUGCUUCAUUCGUUAUUCAUUUGUUUGUUGAAGACAAACCGAUUGAAAAAAAAAAAAUCUAUAAGAAUUUAUUAUUAAGAGCACUAAGAAAAUCUGUCGAACAUGGUGGGACCAACUUUAUAUGUAAAAAUAUUAUGGUUUUAAUAUUUAAUCUAUUAUAUAGUAUGAAUAUUUUUCCAAAUAUCUAUUUAAUGUCAAAGCUCAUGUUUUUUAUGUAUUGAAUUUAUUACUACCCAUAAAUAUUCUUAGUAUGAUCUGCUAAAUUUAAAAAAAAAAAUUAGAUAGGUACCAUACUCUGCUAAUUGUUUUUUUUAAUUUCAAGUUUUCAAUCAUUCUAAUAAAUCUUUGUUAUUGUAACUAUUUACAGAUUAUGUGAAUUAUUUGAAACCGAAACAAAAAGUUAUCUUAAAAAAGAUCCAGACCCUUUUGAUAAUCGUCAUCCAUCACGGAUAGAUCCUACUUGUAUACUUGGUCAGAUGUAUAAAAUUCUGUUUCGUAAGGAUGUGCUAAUGAAUAGUGUAAAUAUAUUAAUGUAAUAUAAGUUGAUAUUUUAUAUUAUAUUAUUUACGUUAAAUAUUUUUAGUUGGUUAUGGAUUACUUAAAAGAUAAUUAUUGGGCCAGAAGACCUAGAGACAAUCAUGAACUAAAUGUAGCCGCAUGUAGACUUAUGAUGAGUCUUAUUCCAGGCUUAGAGACUACUGUUGUUUUUGAAAGUGUAAGUAAAAUUUAAAUUUGUUACGAUACUUCUUUAUUUAGUAAUAAUUAAAAUGAUUUGUUCAGCCUGCAAAUGAUGAACUUAUCCAUCGGCUAUUCUUUUGGGCUCAAACAAAUUCUGAACCUUUACAAACAUAUGCUAUAGGACUAUUAGCAACAUGUAUGGAAUUACCAGAUAUUGCAGCCAAUUUUAAGUAGGGUUUAUAAUCUAUUGUUGUAAAUAAUAUUAUAAUGUAUUUUCAAUUUUGUGUAGGGAAAAAAACAAUAGACUUGUCCCAGUAGUACUGGAUCAUUUGAAAUCAUACUAUACUCAAUUUUGUGAAGAAAUGGAAAAUGUUCAACCAUUUUCAAAUCUAAAUAAUGGUCGGACUAAUGAUGAUGAUGCUUCUAUCAAACGUUCUCCAAAUAAAAAAAGUAAUUUUUCAUACUUCAAUAUUAUAAUAGUAGUUAAUAUCUAUUAUAACAAAUUCUUAAUUGUUUGUAUUUGGUGUUUGAUAUUUUCGAUAUUUGAAUAAAUUAAUAUUAGUGCAGAGGUAUAUAAAGAACAUAUGUAUUGACAUAUACUCUGUAAAAUAUAUUUGCAUAAAAUAAUUUUAAAAUAUUUAUUAUUUUUUAAAAAUGCAAUACAUUUCUCACAAAAUAUCUAAUACAGUGACCCCCAAUGUGGGCUCUACCACCUCAUGUGGGCAUAUUUUAUUUUGAAGGGGCCGUUUUUCUGAGAAGGGCGCUCUUUUAUCAUUUACAUUUUUAUUGUUUAUAACUGAUUGCAAUGAAGUGUAUAACUGUAUAGAAUAAAAAUUAUUUUAAAAUACCAAAAGUAACAUACAAAAUUAUGUAGGUAUAAUAUUUAUAGACACUUAAAUAAAAUCUAAAGAAUUAUAUUACCGAACUAAAGAUUCUAGGUACUAGGUAGGUGACAAUAAUAACUAGACGUUAUUAUUAUAAUAUGGGACUUAUCGUAUAAAUUCCAGUUAGCGGCGGAUAUCUGAUUCUGACAAUGUUAUGUGUAGUUGUAUUUGGUACUAGGUAGGUACUUGACGUUAUUAUUGUGCGUGUGUCCGUAGAAGUUUUAUUUGUUUAAAUAAAAUAUUGUAUAUUAUAUUAUGUCCGAGAACAAAAAAUGUAGAAAAUAUUCCAUUGAAUAUUUGAAAUUUGGUUUUAUUGUAUCUCCGACGAAUAAAAAAUUACCCUUGUGUCUCUUUUGUGAAAAAACAUUAAGUAAUGAAGCUAUGAAACCUUCAAGAAUGUAAGAGCAUUUUGUGAAAAAAAAUUCAGAUAAAAGUAACAAAAUUAUUUCAUAUUUUAAUGACCUAAAUGAUAAAUUUGAAAAACAAGAAACAGUGAAUGGACUAAUAAAACACAUCUAUAUAACCAAUAAAGGUCUCCUUAAAUUCUAUAAAGUGUCUCUUUUAGUUAAGAAAUGUGGAAAACCACACUAUCGGCGAAACAUUUAUUUUACCUGCUGUAGAAGCAAUAUUAAAAUCAAUAACAAAUUUAAAUGUAACUGACAGAAUUUCAUAUAUUCCUCUCAGUAAUAAUACUGUAAUGUGUCCAGGUGAAAUGGCGUAUCAUGUUGAAAUAAAAUUGUGUGAUAUUAUAAAAAUUACAAAAUUUUCCUACAACUUAUUAAUGAAUCCAUUUUAUGAGAUAACAAAGCCCUGUUACUUGCGUAUGUGUGUUAUGUAAACAUCAACAAAAAAAUAACUGAAGAACUACUGAAGAAAUCAUUAAACACAGAUACUGAAGAAUUAACCAUAUUUAAAGUAGUAGAUAACUUUUUCACAAAAAAGAGUAUUCAUAUCACAAAUUGUAUAGCUUGUGUGACUGACGGAGCAUCAGCAAUGUGAUGUCUAAUGUGGUUUUAUUGUGUCAACAUUUAGUAUAUAAACUUUUUGGUGUGAUUUGUCAUAAAUGCUGUUGAUAAAAUCAAAGCUAAAUCAUUGAAUGACCGUUUGUUUGACAAUUAUGUCACGAAAAUAAUGAAGACUUUGAACGCCUUGUUCUACACACCAAAGUUAGGUGACUAUCAAUGAGAAAUUGUUUGACACUCUUUUAUAAUUUAUUUCAAACUAUACUAGAAUUUCUGCAGCCACUUGAUAAACAACUUAACAAUGAAUUAUGUAAAAGAGAGAUGAAUAUCGCAUACCCAGCAUAUAUUUUUGAAAAACAUAAUGAAUUCAAUAAAAAUUUGCAAGGCGAUAAUAUUAAUUUUAUCAAAUAUAAAUCCAUUAUAAGUGGAUUUAUUUUUAAAAAAGUCUUUUUAAAGAAAAAUUUAGUCGACGUGAAUUUAAUAAUUUAACUAACUUAUCAAGCUCAAAACAAAUUUUACAUUCUAACUUAGACAUAUACUGUGCACACCUUGAAUCCCUUAAAGAUGAUGUGAGUACAAGAUUUAAAGAUAUCAAAAACUAAAUUAUACUAGAAUAGGUGUUAAACUCAUUUUUAGCAUAUAUAAAAAAUCUCCAACCAUCAAUUCAAGAAGAACUACUCGAAGUGAAGCACAAUAAAGAAGCUAAAAUCGAUUUUAAACGUAAUGGAUACUAGUUGUUUUGCUCAAACAAAAUUCUAAACAUGUAUCCUCAACUUGGGAAAGAAGUGGAAUGACUUAUUAUGGUUUUUCCGUCAACAUACAUGGUCGAAAAAGGCUUUAGCGGGGAUCAACAAUUUUUGACCAAAUCACGAAACAAAUAAGAAAUAUGUGAAAGAGGAGAUUUAAGAUUUAUACUGACAUCUAUUGAGCCACAUAAAAUUUCAUUAGCAGAAAACUAUCAACCUCAGAACAGUAAUUUUAUAUUAGCAAUUUCGAAAAUCAAAUUAUAUUAUUAGUAGGUAUUUAAAUAUAAAAUUAACUAAAAUAUUUAUCUUUUGAAAUAAUUGAUUAGGGGAGGGGGUGAGAUUUUUAAAAUCUAUAAGGGGCGUUGAGUAAGAAAAGGUUGGGAAACACUGAUCUAUUAUCUUGUAUUGAAUAAUAUUAAUAAUAAAAUACCUAAUAACUCAUCAGAAUAAUUGAUAUUUAUUAUUGCUUCUUAGUGCGGAAAAUAUCAACAAAUACUCUUAAUACUGAUACCAAUGAUGCAAUUGUUGAAAACACUACCCAGAACUCAAAAAUGAAUGUCGAUGAUUUACCCAAUGAAACAAGUAUAAUAAUUCUGUCUUAUUUAAUUUUUUUUUAUUGCUAAAGAGUAUUUAAUUUAAAUGUUUAGAAGAAAACAGCAAUAGUGGCGAUAGUAAUUCAUCAUGUGUAUCUGCUGAUACCAACUCAAUUAACUGUGUACACAUUUAUCCACUCACAUUAACUACAAAAAUGAUUUAUAGUCUUAAAUAUCUGGUUCCCACUGGAGAGUAUCAAGAAGUAUACAAUAUUUAUUUAA